AUGAUCAGCUGUUUCUGUUAUCAAAUCACUCGAAUUUUAUUUAGUAUUUUUUUAGUUAUCCUUCAAAUUUCAAUACACGUUCAUUUCCGUCUCAGGUUUUUUUUAAUAAUUUAUUAUUUCUGAUUUAUAGCAGACAAUAACAUAGAUCCCUAUAUAAUUAAAGCUUUUUAUAGCGAUGGGUGGCCAUCACGAAUCUGAAAUCAAAAUACCGGAUUACAGAAUUUAUAAAGUUGAUAAUGUACCGGACCUUGUGAAAGUGAGGGAUAUUUUAGCUACCGAAGGACUCAAAGAUCCAUGGUUAAGGAAUGAAGUUUGGAGAUUUCCUCCAAGUCAUGGUAGUCGUUAUCAACAAUAUUUCAAAUGUUGGUUCCGUGGUAAACGUGGACUUACUAUUGCCUUUGGAUUGGCAGGCUCUAUUAUUGCUGUGGAAAAGAUCUAUGAACAUUUUUAUCCACCAGUUCAUCAUCACAGAAAGCCUUACUUUCCAUCAUCCAGUGUUUAAUUUAAGAAAAUAGUACCAAAAUCAAAGGACUUCAAUGAGACGUGUCCUGAGAAAUAAUUAAAAUUUAUACAAUUGCAGUGCUAUGUUCUUAGUUUUAGUGUAAAUUGUUUGUAUUACAAAAAAAUCAUUUAUAACAAUAAACUAUACAAAAUAUAAAGAUAAAUUUAAUUAUCUUGUAUAAAUCAUGUAAGAAGAGUAUAAACUUUUUAUUGAAACUAUAUUAUUUGAUAAAUGGUAGUAAUAUAUAAAAAAAAAAAUUUAA